GAAGAGUGAGCCCUGAGCCUCAGGUUAACGCUGACUGCAAGCCAUUCUUCACUUCAACAGGAUGAGAGUGGCAGGUCUGAUUCGUGUUGUGGUCUUCAUCUUCACCAUAGUCACCAUGUUGGUCUUCCUCCACAACUACACAAGCUUCAGCAGGAAAACAAUCCGUCUGCCACGCUGGCUGGGCAUAACCCCCAAGGAGAUCCAGACCCCGAAGUUCAAGUGUGGGCUCAGCAAGAUGUGCCCCAACAACUUUUUCGCAUUUAAAAUCAGCAGUGGAGCUGCCAAUGUCGUGGGUCCCUCCAUGUGCUUUGAAGACGCAAUUAUCAUGAGCCCUGUGCGGAACAACGUGGGCAGGGGCCUGAACAUCGCUUUGGUGAAUGGAUCUACCGGCCAUGUGAUGAAAAAGGACAGCUUUGACAUGUACUCUGGAGACCCCCAACUCCUGCUGAACUUCCUUACAGAAAUUCCAGAUAGCACCCUGGUGCUGGUAGCCUCCUAUGAUGACCCAGGGACCAAAAUGAACGACCAAAUCAGGACGAUUUUCUCCAACCUGGGAAGUUCCUACGCCAAGAAGCUGGGCUUCCGGGACAGCUGGGUCUUUGUAGGUGCUAAAGACCUCAAGAGUAGUAGCCCGUAUGAGCAGUUCUUAAAGAACAACCCAGAGACAAACAAAUAUGAAGGAUGGCCGGAGCUGCUAGAGCUGGAGGGCUGUUUGCCCCGGAAAGUAAUGUAGGGUGACCUAGGGAGCCAAUGAAACGCCCAACUGACUUGAGAGCAGAGCCCAGGAGUGCGGGGUCUAUGCUGGCAGGAGCUGACUGGGAGGAAGGAAGAAGCCCUAUGGGAUGCUCUGAUCAUCCCCUGCACACAGUGACUCUCUUCCCCUCUAAGGAAGCAACAGCCUCCCACUGCCCCAUGGUGACCAUCUUGAGAAUGGGCGGCCAUGGGGCCUGUGGAACGGGCUGUGGUGGAGAGAACAAGACCUUCCAAGACUGCCCAUGGUUGUCUCCAGAAGGACUGGCUGCCUACACUUACUUGAGCAGGAUUAAAUUCUAUUUUUGCUGACUUUGAACGUU